AUGUUAAGUAAAUCUGGUGACGAUUAUUCAAAUCAAUUAGAAGAUUUUUUGCAAAGUCAUAAAUUAGGAGAAAAAAAUUUAGAGGUCGAUAAAAGUUCAACGAAAAUUGCUUCUAUUGAUAACGCUACAAAUCAAACUUCAAAUACCGCCGAAAAUAUUCAACAGUCUCAACAAAUAAACAUUCAGUCACAAACACAAGGUGACCAAACUAUACAAACAAAGAAAAAGAGGGCCUCGAUACCAACUACGGAAAGAAUGAUAACCAGGGCCGCAAGCGGUGCAAUAAAUCCCAAGACCGUGGACGAAAUACUAAAGGAAGCGGAGCGUGGAAGCAGCCUCUCGUCUUCGACUUCUCCAACUUCAACUACAACUCCCAGAAUACCAAUAAGAUUGAAUAUACCACAAAGGAAACAAUCAUUUCAGCGAACGAAUAAUAAUAUUUUGUUGUCAGAAGGAAGACUUUCUUCAACUUCUACGGGACGAAUUGAUGCGAAUCUAUCUAGAUCUUUUGAUAGAGAAACGAUUAUAAUAAAUUUCAACAAUAACCCAGUAUAUAAGUCAUUACAACCUCCAAAAAAGGCUAUUACAACUUCGGAAUGGAGGGUUGCUAUUGAAGAAGUUAAGUAUGCUCGAGUAAUAGAGCGCAUCGAGGAAUUAAAGCGAUCAGGACUCUGGAGCCGUAAACAAAUUGAGCCAUUCAGAGAUCCACCGAGAUAUAAAACUCACUGGGAUUAUUUACUUGAAGAGAUGGUUUGGAUGCGAACUGACUUUAGAGAAGAAAGGAAACAAAAAAUAAAAACUGCAUAUGUAUUAGCAUUAGCAGUUCAAGAUUGGCAUAUGGUCGAAGAUAAAUCAACUGUAUGCGUGAAGAGGGGUGAUCUUAAACAACGGUCUUUGUCAACGCCACCAUCUUGUACUUUGCGCGAUACAGAUCCUUUUAUGGAUAUUGAUGAUCGUAUAUUGAUUAAAAGCGAACCGGAGGACUAUAAUACAAACGGAUAUGUAUCACAAGAUAACAAAUGGUCAUCAUCUACGGAUGACGUAAUGAUAGAUGUUGAAUCUGUCGAUGAUGACUCAUCAGCAAGAAUUGGUGCCAACCAAGAAAAUCUGAAGGAUAAUGAUUCAAUCAAAAUGCCACCUCCAAUAGCACCUCAUGUCUUACAAAGUUUACGGCAAAAAGUAUUUAAUUUACCACAGGAUACACUUAUAUGUCGUUUAGAAGGAUCUGAUCAGCAAAUAUAUGAAGUGGACUCUAUAUUUCCAGAUUUACCCGUGUAUGGACCACCUGUACCUUCGGAAAAUGAUAUCUAUUUUGAUGAAAUUCAUUGUUAUAAAAUUAUGCCAAUUUCAAAAUGCUUGUGGCGAAAACCUCCGAAAGAAAAAUCUAAUAAGAGACGGUAUGAGAACGAAGAUCAUCAACAAUCAAAGAGAAUCAAAUUGGAAAACGAAGAGGAGACGAAUGAUAGCCAAUAUGAGGAAUCAAUCUUGUUUACGUCUCAUAUAUCAUUUGAGAAACAAGUUCAGAUUCGCGUAAAUGCACCAAAAAAGGAUCAAGACUCAACAGCAGUUUGGUAUCCUGAAGAUGACGAAUUAUUGAUGUCCUUAACAAAGAAAUAUCAAUAUAAUUGGGAUUUGAUAGCUGAUGCGUGGAAUUCUUCUCGAGGUUUAAUUACUGGUUAUGAAAGGUCUCCUUGGGAAUGUUAUGUUCGCUGGACUCAAAAAGACGACAUGUCUCAAUUUAUUAUAAACCAUGAUAAUGAAAGUAGUGUAAAUGAAGGGCCAACUGUUGAGACUUUAACAGAUAACAUUAAUGAUACAGUAGCUUUAUCACCGUAUAUUCCAGGUUCUUCCACAUUGUUGAAUAUGAGACAAAAACGAGAUAGUCUGAAGAAUGUUCAAAAGCGAGACAUUACAAAGCCUCGUAGACACUCUAGUUUAGCUGAGGCUAUGAAAAAGGCCGCAAAGAAACGAGCAGAUUCAAAUCAAAAGCAAUUACAAAAUAGGAAAAACCAUGACCAACCGACUCCUAUUAAUCAUCAUGUAAUGACACCGAUUGAACUCAGUAAACUGAAAUCCGAUCAGGAACGUCAACUUCAAACAGCUUUAUUGGAACAACGGCAAGCUGCAGUACUCGCUUUCCAAAGUCAUUCUAGGACACCUAUGAUCGUAAGACCACCACAAGCUAAUCCAGGAUUGUCAUAUCUUGCUACACAAACAAGACCUCAAGUAGGAAUGGUUGCGAAUAACUUACAAGCUUUGGCCUUACAGCAACGUGCAGCAAUGCAUCGUAUUCAUCCACAACAGAUGACCAUGCAACAGGCAGCACACGCUCAAUUUUAUAAUCAGCAACUCCGAGCACGAUUAUUGCAAGGAGCUCAUGCACCCAUACAAAAUACACAAUUAGUUCAACAGCAACUCGUUCAACAACACGCUGUUCAAAGACAACAAGCGCAGAUACCUCAGCAACCUGCUCAACAAGCGCAAGCUAAUGUGGGCGGUAUAUCACAAUCUCAACAAUCAACUUCACAACCGUAG